AUGAGGCUCUUCCGGAGACGCUACAGCCCCUUGAAGGUGGCUUUGGCAGGCGCAGUCUUCAUCAUCUUCCUCUUCAUCCUGCAGAAGGAUGUGGGGAACAAACAGGCGAGCGAGGAACCCUGGCUGAAGAACAUUGUCCAGGGGAAGGACCAAGUCCUCGACCUGAUGCUGGGGGCGGUCAACAACAUCCGAGACUCGAUGCCGAAGCUGCAGAUUGGAGCUCCGGUGCAGCAGGAGGAACCAGUGCCCGGGGCUCGCUCCUGCCUGCCUGGUGUCUACACAGCAGCUGAGCUUCAGCCGCUGAUGGAGAGACCCCCCCAAGACCCUGCCAGCCCUGGGGCCGACGGCAAAGCCUUCAAGAAGGAUCGCUGGACGCCAGAGGAGACGAAGGAGAAGGAGCGAGGUUACGAGAAGCAUUGCUUCAACGCCUUCGCCAGCGACCGCAUCUCCCUGCAGCGAGCACUGGGCCCCGACAGCCGCCCACCGGAGUGCAUUGACCAGAAGUUCAAGCGGUGCCCGCCCCUGCCCAGCACCAGCGUCGUCAUCGUCUUCCACAACGAAGCUUGGUCGACGCUGCUGCGGACGGUGUACAGCGUCCUGCACACCUCCCCGGCCCUGCUGCUGAAGGAGAUCAUCCUGGUGGACGAUGCCAGCACGGAUGAGCACCUGCAGGCCGAGCUGGAUCGCUACGUGGAGCAGCUGCAGAUCGUGCGAGUCGUGCGGCAGGCGGAGCGCAAGGGGCUGAUCACAGCGCGGCUGCUGGGGGCCAGCGUGGCCAGUGGGGAGGUUCUGACCUUCCUGGAUGCCCACUGCGAGUGUUUUCACGGCUGGCUGGAGCCCCUCUUGUCCCGCAUCGCCGAGGAGCCCACAGCCGUGGUCAGCCCUGACAUUGCCACCGUCGACCUCCACACCUUCGAGUUCUCCAGGCCGGUGCAGCAGGGCAAGCAGCACAGCCGGGGCAACUUCGACUGGAGCCUGACCUUCGGCUGGGAGCUCGUCCCGCCCCGCGAGAGACAGCGCAGGAGGGACGAGACCUUCCCCAUCAAGUGA